GGAUGCACUGGUUUCCGUGGGAUCACUGAAGUUAAGCACUGUCGGGCGUGGUCGGCACUUGGAUGGGUGACCAUCCAGGCCGCCAUGCGCUGUUGCUAUUUUUCGGGGUGCACUCAGCCUCGUGAUGCCAAUUGAGGAGCUACUCGACCGAUUAGUAGCAGCUUCGAUCAAGAAUAUCAUCGUAACAACCGGGACAGUGGUGUGCUAUCCGCAUCCUCCACUGAGGAUGACACAGCCGGAUGGUCCCGGUAGGCCACUCGUGGCCUGAAGACGGAGUGCUUAUAUCUCCAGAUUUAUUUACUCAUAUUCAAGAAUUUAUCUAUGGUAUACAAGGAAUUGUCAAGGAGGCAGUAUGGGGAUGUCAAAGCUGGAAGUCAAUUUGCAGCGACUGCUGUUGCACUGUGAUGAGCUAGCAAGGGAAGACAAGAAAGACUGGAGACUUGAUAAGUAUAUUUUAGCCCUUGAUGAGAUGAUUUCAAGCCUUCAGAAGUUGCCCAACAAACCAAAUAAGGACACCAUGGCUGAUUACGUCAGAAGAGUUGUGUUCUUAAAGGGCAUAGCAGAAACCAAUAAACUGAAUAAUCCCGUGGAAAAAGUAGUCGCUGCACAGUUACUCCCACAUGGCACAGCAACAGCAUCAGAAACAAUAAUUAAAGAAAUACAUCAAAAGACUACCUCUAAAUAUAAUAAAGAAUUGCGAGAACAGCUUUUACAAACAGAAAAAGGAACAGAUAGUGACAUCAGACAGAGAAAGCCAAAAACAUCUGGAAAAGAUUUGGAUGAUUUGUUAAAAUUACAUCAUUCAAUGCAGGAGAAAAUUGCCGAAGACAUGAUCAGCUUGGCUCGAAAUUUGAAACAACAAUCCCAGGUUGCCAGUAGCAUUAUUAACAAGGAUAAUGAGGUAUUAAGCAAAUCAUCUACACAAACAGAUAAAAAUAUAACUAGAUUGAAGGCUGAAUCUGAAAGACUACAAGAAUAUAGUCGAAGAGCUUGGAAAUGCUGGCUUUGGCUCAUGGUAGCAGUGGCAGUGAUGAUAUUCUUUGGUAUGUUACUGUUUAUAAGGGUAACAAAGAAAUGAAAAGUGGAAAAUAGAAUCAACAAUGCCAUGAAAAAUUGUAUGUUUUGUAUUUAUAUUUUAUGUUAAAAUACUUUAUAAUAAAGGUUGAUGGUGUUUUCGUUUGUUUAUAA